UCAUAGAUACACAUUACAACUUAUCCAUUCCAAAUCAUAUUCUCUUCAAAAUCCAAGAAACAAACUUUGAACCCAUUAUUAAACCUGUAAUAUUUUUUUCCAUGGCCUCAUCAGUACCAUCGUCUUCCCUGUUUAUCCUAUGUCUCAUGUCUCUCUAUAUUCUUCUUAUCCAUGAUCAUCACACUCAACUGACUCAAGCCAGUAAAAUCCAGAUGGAUGAACUCUUGGAAACAGAUCAAACCAUUGUGGAUCUCUCCCCUGUUCCUAAUAAUCAAUCCAUAGAUUGUGAUUGGGCUUGUGGAGAAAGAUGUAAAGAUUCAUCAAGACCCAACCUUUGCAAGAGGGCUUGUGGGACUUGUUGUAUAAGGUGCGGUUGUGUUCCUCCGGGUACUUAUGGUAAUUAUGAAUCCUGCCCUUGUUACUUCAGCCAAACCACUCAUGAUGGAGCUCGCAAGUGCCCUUAACUUGAUCCCUUAUGAUCAUAUGAUGUGAAUUGUUCUUCUUCUUUCUUCUAUAUUAAUUAAGAUAGUUGAAGUGCAAAAGUUGUCACU